UCUGAAGCUACCCACUAUACGUAGAUAAAGAAGCAAGCGGCUCAACCAGUUCCCUUUUUUCUUUCCAUUCUUUUCUUCACCUUUGCUCUCUCUCCACAUCGGAGAGAGAGACUCAGGACUGAGGCUGGAUUUUUUUUCUUUCUUUCUGUUUUUCUUUCUUUUUUAAACUCUACUUUGGGAGCUAAUAUUUAAAGUGCCUUCAGGAUAUUUACUUAGCAAAGCAGGAACCGUUCGCCUCUGAGUGCAGCAUGGGGUCUGAUGAUUCGUACAAUUUUGUCUUUAAAGUGGUUUUGAUCGGAGAGUCUGGCGUAGGAAAGAGCAACCUUCUGUCUCGCUUCACCAAGAAUGAAUUCGCCCAUGACAGCCGUACCACCAUCGGUGUCGAGUUCAGCACACGGACCGUGCAGAUUGAUAACCUCACCAUCAAAGCUCAAAUCUGGGACACGGCUGGCCUGGAGCGCUACAGAGCUAUCACCUCAGCGUAUUACAGGGGAGCAGUUGGAGCGCUGCUGGUCUAUGACAUUAGCAAGCACUUGACCUAUGAGAGCGCAGAGAGAUGGCUGAAGGAGCUGUACGACCACGCAGACCCUCAUAUUGUGGUCAUGCUGGUGGGAAACAAAAGCGAUCUGGACACUCUCAGGACCGUACCCACAGAUGAGGCCAGAGACUUUGCAGAAAAGAAGGGUCUGAUGUUCAUGGAGACAUCAGCGUUGGGCUCCACCAAUGUUGAAGCAGCUUUCAGUGAAGUUCUCACAGCGAUCCAUAAGAAGGUGGCAAGCAGAGAGGUGACCCGUGGCUCCAUCAGUGCUGUGACCCUCUCCAGCCCCCUUGGGCCAAGCAGUGAGGCACAGGAGGAGCGCAAAGGCUGCUGCAGGAGCUAAUAACAGACUGCGACACCCCCCCAGAAAGAUCUGCUGUGUACAUACUGAAGCAUCACCAUGCUUGACUGUCAUUCAAGCGAGGCUUCUGCUUGACACUGAGCUCUCAGUGUUCAGGCGUCUUUCAGUAUACCGUCUGUACAGUAUCUAAUUUACUGAAUAAGUGUUGCAAAUGGUAAUUCACUUUCACAUUUUAUACAUAUUUCUUUUGAUGGCUGAUGGGCAAUUUCUGCAUUAGAUGACAUUUUUUCCUUUAUGUUUCUAGAAAUACUUUGUAAUUUUUUAUUACUUUUAUAAAGGAAUCCAGAGGGAACGUCUUGGAAUAAGUUAUUUAUGCUUCUUCUAUUUGCUUGUACUUGCAACAAAAAAUCAUGAAACAUCUCCAUGAGACUCGAGCUAUGUGGAAAAAGGAGAUAAAAGGAGGUGAAAUAAAUAAAGUUAUAGUGUUACACACUAGCUGAAUAAGACUGGUCCAGUUUGAAUCAAUUCAUAUGCUGUUAGAUAAGUUAAUCUUUAAAAAAUUGUAUUGGUGGAGUUAAAUGAGGACCGAUGGUAUACCUACAUCAUCAUAGUUAAUGCGAUUUUAGGACCAAUCACAUGUGUUGUCAGAUUUAUGACUUUUGGGGGGUGGGACUGAAGUGGGGUAAGUUUGUCUUCACUGCUUUCUGACAAACACUGAAGUAGAAGUAAGGUAAUAAAAAGAGCAUCAAAAUCAA